CUUCAACAAGAGCCUUCGGUUGAACGAUUAUAUCCUGUUUCAUAUUCAUCCGACUCCAUGGCUGUUAGUGCGGUCGGUGCCACACUAGUGAAAAGUCUAAAAAGGCUGCUUGCGACCAAACAAAACCCACUUGACAACGUCAUAGCUCUUCACAAGGCACUUCGUGCAAAAUGAAGUCGCUUUGUUCUUUUCGGUCGUUCUCUUUGCACAAUUUCUGGCGUUUGAUCAGCGUCAGUACUUGCCAUUAUUUCCUCGUGGAAAAUAGUUUCUUCUUUCGCCAUUACUACGCAGCCGCACAGGACGUCCCUGCGCCUGGCGGUGCCGAUGCCGCGACAGCUGCUGCUCUACUGCCAGACCGCCCAGGCGGGGUCGGAGCAGCCACAACUCCACUUGCCUCCGGCGGAGACAGCGUCGACGCUCUCCUACAGCAGGCUGUGCAGGAAUCCAUACAAACUGAAGACCAAGAAAACAACGCAGGUCUUCCCGACGCAGCCAGCACGACCCUACUGGAAAGCACAAAGGAUAAGAUCGCCGCCCCAGAUUCCGACUCCCGCCCUACUUCGGAGCCUGCAUUGGUCGAAGAUUCUAUGUCUACUUCCGAUGCCCCCCCACCAGCUACGGUAGUGACCGCGGGAGCAUCAUCAUCGGCGACGACCCCAGUUAAUAACCCCGCUCCUCCUGCUCCACCUCCAAGUUCUCUGUCGUUCGACUCGCUGGACUUAACGUUGGAAAUUGACAACCCAUGCUGGAUAUCAAAUGCAAAAAUGUCUGGGUCUGGAAACUUGUGAUGCUGGGUGGCGUCUCAUGGUGAGGCCACAAGAGCUGGCUUAGCAUGACAAGUUUCUGAGCUUCUAGGUGUUGCCUAUUCUGCAUGACAAACUGCGUUUCUGCAUCACAGAAAAGCGGAGCUCUUGGGUAACGUGCAUGACAGAUUUAAGAGUCACGCCAGACAAGCAUGACAAACAUGAACUCUUCCAGACCCAGACAUUUUUACAUUUGAUACUGGACGCCAGGUUACACAUUCGCGGUGUGUUGCAACACGGACGUUUUUGGGGAGCGGGGGAACAUGGAGUGUUGGGACGAAAGUUUCAAUUUCAACAUUUGCUGUGUCGAAGAGCGCUGGCUGCGGUCGCAAAACAUGACGUCCAAUCCUACGAUGGCCAGUCGGGGCGGCGGCCUGGAAAGCGCGCAGUUCAUUCGGCGACGGGAAGACUUGAGGACGUGCCUUUCGGACUACGAGGUAAGUAUGUUGUAUAAUUGGGGGGAUAGGUGUAUUUUGGCAUUUUUUUCGUACAACACCGGGCUUCGGAAAGAAAACAAUAAAAUUAAAUGCAGUCCUCGACGUAGUGCAAAUGCAGCUGCAGUAAUUUCCACUUCGCAUCACGGAAGGGAACAAGAAGAGUUCAAUCUCAGGGUAUAAUCGGCAUGAGGUAGCUAGACGUUGACGCAGGAGGAAAGACGCUAGCUUUCUUAAUACAUUUCCGUAAAUUUUAAGUCUCUCCUGCUUAAACUAAUAACCAGGGCUUCUACACGAAAGUGAUGCAGUGGUCGGGUUUCCGCGAAUCUCCCUUCGGUGACCCCGCGAGCUGCAAGGCGGUGGGGCGGCGAUUUUUCUGGGUUAUCUUGAAUCGGGUGAUGAUGGGAUUUUGCGCACCGGAGUCGUGCAACAUGAACGAGUGGUACAUCGCCGGGCCGCUGAUAGCCGCCUGGACUGGCAAGAUGGGCGGGAGUAAGUUUGGCUGCUUGGAACAGGAGAAGGAAUUCGGCAUGUACGACACGUUUCCCCCCCUGUUCAGCCGCCCGCCGAGCGCCACCGAGAUGAAGGCCUUCCAGCACUGCGAGGAAAACAUGCGACGGUAUUUUCCGUCGUCGGAUGUGAUACGAUUGCGGACCCUUCUGCAGGAAAACCGGCUGGAACUGGACGAACGGGCGAAAGAUUUGAAUUUCAACGUGAAAGAGCACCACGAAACCUGGAGAGUCAGUCCGGAAAAUUGGUUUCACUUCAAACUCAUCGGGGCUCCGGUGUUGGUCGCAAGUUUGCUGGAGUUCCUACUUGGGUUGUUAGCCUGCUUCGGGAGCGUUUUGUGUACCUGCUGGUGCAGGAUGUGUGCGAAGACGGCGCAGAAAGGGCAAAACAGUGAAGACGACGCUGCUUCAGUCGCCUCAAGAACCGCUGCAAAAGGAACUUCAUUUUCCAUCACAUCUCUCCUUACCGCGCCGAUCAGGCUGCUCCGGCGCAACCUGCUCCAGCCGCUCGCGCUACAAACAAACCUCAGCGAACUGUUCGCUGGCCCGACCUCUCCGAAAGUCAACUCCAGCCUCUCGCUCGUCAGGAUAUUUCUGUGCCUUACGGUGAUCUACGUGCACACGGUAGAAGCGUUCGAAUGGGAGAACCACAGCAGCGAACAGGCGUUGCUGCAGCUACGGUACUGGCCGCUGUUUGUCCUGUGUCACUGUGGCCACCGGGUAAACACGCUCUUCACCUGUUUGUCCACGUUUUUGGCCCUGAAGUCCAUUCGCAGCACAAACUUCAUGCGCGAUCACGUCGGCAGAACAUCGCGGAAAAAUGCUUCUGGAGAUGAGCAGGGAGCUCCAGCAAAGACACUAUCAUCACCAAUAAACCAGAACAUCUUCUUCACCAUUUUCACGCAAAUCCGACUACUGCUGAAACAAGCACUGCAACGGAUCACGCGCCAGUCCCCGGUGAUGCUCUUCUGGACCUUCAUCGUGAUGCGCGUGUUCGCUAAAGACAUUCCCUGGCGGCCCUCGGAAACGAUCACCGUCUGGUACGACUACCGCGUGAAAGUCUGCCACAUGAGCCAGCGCUGGCUCUACUCCAGUUUUUACCUGCACGCCUGGCUGACCCAAUCCGUGACCGACGAGUCCAUUUGCCACAACACAGCGAUUUUCGAGGCGGAGUUUCAGGUCGUGAUGUUCUUCAUCGUCUUUUCCUCGUUCGCGUACUUCACCAGGCGCCUCGUCUCCGCCGUCUUCUG